UCCAUCUUCCCCCACUCUUUUCCCACCUUUUCUUUAAAUAUCAUCACUUUGCUUCAACACAUACACACAUUCACCAACAACAACAAAUGAAAAUCAAAUGGUCUUCUUGUAAACAUCCCAAGACUCAUUCAUUCCGAGAAGACAUCUACAAGACGGUCAACUCCGUGUUUUUCGACCAGGUCGAAACGCCCAGGUCGGGGUGCACCAACUCCUCCGAAACCACGACGAGUUUGAACAUCUCAACGGAUGAUCAAUCCGAGGAUAACCUCGAUUUGGAGGUCAUCGUUCGCGGUGCAAGGUCCGAGAGACUGUUUUUCGAGGGUGGCGACACGAAUUCUAUACUAGACAAGGCGAAACCCGGGGAGUUUCCAUUCAAACAAAGCGUUGUGGUGGCAAUGGAGUCGGAUGAUCCUUACGUUGAUUUCAAGGCAUCAAUGGAGGAGAUGUUGCGGUCUGAUGAUCAGCAUUGGGAUUGCUUGGAGGAGCUGUUGAUUUGGUAUUUGAAGCUUAAUGGGAAGAAAAAUCAUGGGUUUAUACUCUCUGCAUUUAUUGAUCUGCUUCUUGGAAUUGGAUCAUCCUCACCACAUACUACUUUUUCUUCUGCUCUUUCUUCUUUUUCUUCCUCCUCAUUUUCAUAAAUUAGGAUUGAUAUGUAUUUUUGCGAAAAUGUGGAGGGUUUUUUUGUACUUUUUAUCUUUUUUUUUUAUAUAUGUACAUAUUAAUUAGUAGGAAAAUUGUUUAUUUGCUACAUUACUUAUUCAGCCACAUGUAAUAUGUUUUCUAUAAUUUUAGCAACAAAUUGCAUCCAAUCUUA